CGUUCCCGUCUCCACGCCGCAGCUCAUCCUGUCCGCGCGUGCGCUGCCUGAGGCGCGCUCUUCGCUGCGAAUCGCCCGUCGCCUAAACAGCCGCUUCGGGAAGCGUGGCGCCGCCGGAGGGAUCCCUGUGGUGGUGGAGCAGCUAACCUGCACCUGAAGCUCGACUGACGCGCCGGCACCUGGCAUGGCGGGCGGGCGCAGAGGGGGCAACCGCACCUCGUACUGCCGCUCGCCUCUGGGAGGCGAGUCCGGCUCUGUGGGGAACGGCGGCCACUCCAGCAGCUCGCCAAUGACGGGCGUGCGGUCGCGGACCAGGAGCAACGCUGGCACUGGCAUGAGCAGUCCCCCACUGGCGGCCCAGACCGUGGUGCCUCUCAAGCACUACAAGAUCCCCGAUCUGUCAGUGGAGCGCCACCUGCUGUUUGAACUGCACCUACUCCUGUGCCACCUGAUCGCCCUCUUCGUCCACUACAUCAAUAUCUACCGGACGGUGUGGUGGUACCCGUCUUCGCACCCACCCUCACACACCUCGCUGAACUUCCAUCUCAUCGAUUACAACAUGCUGGUCUUCACCGUCAUCGUGCUGGCCCGUCGCCUCAUCGCUGCUGUGGUGAAAGAGGCCUCUCAGAGCGGCAAGUUAUCCUUCCCCCACUCCGUGGUGCUGGUGACGGGCCGCUUUGCUGUUCUCACGCUCACGGGCUGGAGUCUCUGCCGCUGCUUCAUCCAUCUUUUCAGGACGUACUCCGCCCUAAGCCUGCUCUUCCUCUGCUACCCUUUCGGCAUGUACAUCCCAUUCUUCCGGCUGAGCUGCGACGUGCGUCGAGGUGGGGGCGGCUCACUGGCGUCGGGCACUGGCGUUGGGGGGCGAGACUACCUGAGCAUCCUGAAAGACACCUGGAAGCAGCACACGAGCCGGCUGUACGGGGUGCAGGCCACACCCACGCACGCCUGCUGCCUGUCCCCCGACCUGGUGCGAAAGGAGGUCGAGUACCUUAAGAUGGACUUCAACUGGAGGAUGAAGGACGUGCUGCUCAGCUCCAUGCUGAGCGCCUACUAUGUUGCCUUCGUGCCCGUCUGGUUCCUUAAGAGCACGCAGUAUGUGGACAAGCGCUGGUCCUGUGAGCUGUUUCUUCUGGUGGCCAUCAGCACAUCCGUCAUCCUCAUGCGACACCUGCUGCCCCCCCGCUACUGCGACCUACUGCACAAGGCAGCCGCCCACCUGGGCUGCUGGCAGAGGGUGGACCCCGCGCUCUGCUCCAACGUCCUGCAGCACGUGUGGACAGAGGAAUACAUGUGGCCACAGGGUGUGCUGGUGAAACACAACAAGAAUGUGUACAAGGCCAUGGGCCACUACAAUGUGGCUGUACCUUCGGACGUGUCACACUACCGCUUCUAUUUUUUCUUCAACAAGCCUCUGAGGAUUUUGAACAUCCUCAUCAUCCUGGAGGGGGCCAUGAUCUUCUACCAGCUGUACUCCCUGAUCUGCUCAGAGAAAUGGCACCAGACCAUAUCGCUGGCAUUGAUCCUCUUUAGUAACUACUAUGCUUUCUUCAAGCUGCUGAGGGACAGACUCGUCCUGGGCAAAGCUUACUCGUACUCGCACAGCUCGGCGGAUCCCAAGGCCACUUAAGCUGCUCCACUCGGCCUCGGUCAGCCAAUUGGCAUAGGAGCUUUCUUUUUUUUUUUUUACACUUGCAUUUUUGUGUUUUUGUUUUGGAUCUUAUAAAGAAUCAUAUUUUUGUA